AUGAUGAUCAAUGACUGUACCCAAGGCCCCACAAGCGUUGCAACAUCGGGCGAUACUAUCGUAACCGCUGGUGACAUGGAAACGUGUCAGUUUCAGGGGACCGAAGCAUUUCAAAUUGGCCAGAAUAGCGCGGGUCCACCCGCAUCAGACAACGUCUUGAAAUAUAGGACAGCUGAGAACGGGUCCGGAGAUGACGCUUACAAGUUGACAAUUCAAGCAGGAAUCACAUACCGCCUUCAGCUUAUCAACACUUCAGUCGACAGCGACCUUCGCGUGCAUCUAGACAAUCAUCCGUUUUCGGUAAUCGGAACAGACUUUGUACCACUUGUUCCCAACAUUACCAGCUACAUCCAAAUUGGCAUUGGCGAGCAACUCGACGUCAAUGCUGGUGAAGGACACGCCGUAAUCACAUACUCAGGUCCGACUGUCGCAGAUCCGACUUCAACUGCGCCUCCGUUUAUGCCUUACUUCUAUGACUGCCGCCCCCGGCAACCCAACUAUCAAGUCCUGGCACAGAAGAACAGUAAUCUUCGUCAUCUUACCGUGUCACCGAGGUACCAUCUACCUCUGCUUAAACGGUCAGUAGGCAUAUCGAUAUUUCCCCUCGUCUUUGCUCUGACCCGAGAGAGUCGAUCUAUCGGAUCAUCUAACAGACUAUCCCUGUCGCCCAUCUGA